AUGUCCCAUGUGAGUGCGGCUGCUCUCAUUUUCUUCCAGUUCCCAGCAUCUAAAGAGGUCCCAUUCCUAGCAGAGGGGUUUGGACCCAACAACUGGCAUAGUCAGUCGGCAGGAUUCUGGGGUAAAUACCCGUCUGCCCCGCCAGAGGACAUGGGGCUUCUGACCCAGCUGUGGUAUCUGGUAGCGGCAGUCCUGAUGUCUUGGACACCCCCGGAGGACUGGGAGCAGGUUGAGAUAAUGCCAGUGGUGUUAGAGGUGUUGUCCCUGACGGACCAGAUUCCCAAAGACCAGCGGAAGGCUGCUGGGAAGGUAGGCUGGUUGCUCCAAAUAGCCUUGAAACUGCAACACUGUGAGACGCUGGCUCAGGCAGCCAAGAUACACCGUCUUAUACAUGAAGUUACUACGGUCAUGGCCGGCUUAGGAGAUGUGGAAAUCAAGAGGCAAGAGAAGGGGGUGGCGAGACCUGUGACUGUGCAGAAGACUAAGGUACAUUUGAAUACAGCUGCUAGGAGUCUACAGCAGGCCUUGGAUUCAUGGGGAUGGGCGGUCAAUGACUGCAAGGUCCAGAGACCUGGCUUAUCUGUGAAAUUUUUGGGAGCUGUCUGGUUGGGUAAGACCAAAGUGAUCCCUGAAGCAGUCAUUGACAAGUCAGGAAGGAAAACUGAUUGUUCACGAGAACAAGGACAAACUGGAACCUGUGAGGAGGAAUUGAAACCCACGACAACUGGAAUCAAGGAAGAGAAACAGAACUAG